CUCAGCUUCUGAGGUUCAUGUUCAGGUUAUACUAAAAACUUAUCUUAUUAGAUCACAAUAACAAACACCUUAAUUACUUCUACAUUAGUAAUUAAGCCAACAUGGAUAACACAAACUACACACAAAACCAGCCACAAUGUGAGACGAUCAAAGGCGAUUCGUGCGGCGUAACACAUGAACGACGACGAACUGCUAAUUACAAGCCAAACAUCUGGAGCUAUGAUUUCAUUCAGUCCCUUACUAGUAAUUUUACAAAAGCGACUUACAAAGAGCGAGCUGAGAAGCUGAAAGAUGAGUUUGUUGAUGUUUUGAGUGAAGUACCAGAGUUGUCAAAGCCACACAUUGUCGAAACCAUUAGGAAACUCGGUUUGUCCAAUGUGUUUCACACUGAAAUCAUGGAUGCCCUUGAUUCCAUAGUAUCCAAUUUGAACGCAAAUAAUGUUGAUUUUGAAGAAGAUAUCCUAGAUACUUCACUAAGUUUUAGGCUUCUUCGGCAGCAUGGCUAUCAUGCUUCGGAAGAUAUGUUUAUCAAUUUCAUUGGCGAGAUGGAUCUUCGCAAGGGAGAGGCGGGUUCGAAAUCAGACUUUAGAGGCAUCCUUGAGCUGUUUGAGGCCACUCGCCUAGCUCUAGACGGCGAAGAGGUUAUGGAGAAAGUUAAGACCUUUUCAUACCAAUAUUUAACAGACAACUUCUUGGACAUGGAUAUCAACCUAGCCAAACAAGUGGCUUAUGCCUCAGAGAAUCCAUGCCAUAGGAAAGUACUAUGGUUUGAUGUCAGACACCAAAUUCAUACUUAUGAAUUGGAAGAUAACAAGAAUUUGAUCUUGCUUGAAUUGGCUAAGUUAAAUUUCAACAUUGUUCAAGACAUGCACUUAGAAGAUCUCAAACAAAUGUCUCGGUGGUGGAAAAAUCUAGGGCUAAUAGAAAACAUGAGCUUCACUAGAGAUCGAUUAGUUGAAAGUUUCUUGUGGACAGUCGGAGUCGCGUGUGAGCCGCAACAUGCACUUCUCAGAAAAUGCCUUACAAAAGUUGUAACAUUUGUAUUGGUUCUUGACGAUGCUUAUGAUAUCUAUGGUUCCUUGGAAGAGCUUGAAUGCUUCACAAGAACUGUCGACAGAUGGGAUUAUGAAGAAGUUGAUCAACUUCCGGAGUGCAUGAAGAUCUGCUUCCAGGCACUAGUAACAACUACUAAUGAAAUUGCUAAGGAUAUUCAGAAAGAUAAAUGCUGGAAUAAUAAUGACGUUUCGCCUUUCUUAAAAACCGGCUGGGCUGAUUUUUGCAAGGCAUUGCUACUGGAAGCUUGGUGGGAUAAGAAGCGUUGUAUACCAUCACUCGAAGAUUAUUUAAGUUCGGCUUGGAUCACUUCCUCUGGUCCUCUGCUUUCUCUCGUUGCUCUUCUCUGUACAACCGAUGGAAAACCAGAGGAACUAUACGAAAAGUGGGAAGACAAUCAAGAUCUCAUAUACUACACGUCGUUAGUCAUUCGACUUUUGAACGAUCAAGGAACUUCAGCCGCGGAACUUGAGAGGGGUGACGCACAUUCGUCCAUCUUGUGUUACAUGGAGGAAGCGAGUGUGACAGAGGCGAUAGCUAGGGAGCAUAUGAAAGAUAUUAUAGAUAGUGCUUGGAGUAAAAUCAACAUGGAGUUACUCAACGCGAAAACGGAGCAACAAACGUUUGUGAAUCUUGUUAUAAACACUGCAAGAGUAUGCCAUUUCAUAUACCAAAAGGGAGAUGGUUUUAGUGUUCAAGAUGGUGAUACUAAGAAGAAGAUUAAGCGUUUACUCAUUGAACCAAUUAAACUUUGAGUUAACCUCUUUUUCAAUCCAUAUGCUCCAUGCAUGCUUGAUGAAAAAUUUCAACAACAAAAUGAUUAAUUAAUUUGUAUCGAUUUGUUCUCCUUUAUCAUUUAGAAAUAAUGAGUUAGGUUGAUCAUAUGUAUUAGUUGCUAAGCUGGUUUAUAUUUCCUUAUUAUAAAAAAACAGUAAGUGUAAAUUCCUGUU